CUGGCGGAUGUUGUGAACAGUGGUAGCUAUAAAGCGUCUUCUACAGGACUUGGUAAUAUCUUCACUUUUACAGGCAAGAAUACAGUCGACAUGUCUUCCACGGUGCCAAUUAAGAUUGGAAUUAUUGGUGGUUCAGGCCUUGAUGAUCCAGAUAUCUUGGAGGGAAGGACUGAACGUUAUGUUGAUACACCAUACGGAAAGCCAUCUGAUGCCCUGAUACUGGGGAAAAUAAAAAACGUGGAAUGUGUGCUCCUUGCAAGGCAUGGGAGACAACACACCAUAAUGCCAUCCAAUGUGAAUUACCAGGCCAAUAUUUGGGCAUUGAGAGAAGAGGGCUGUACACAUCUGUUGGUUACCACGGCUUGUGGCUCACUCCGGGAAGAGAUUCAGCCAGGAGACAUUGUCAUCAUAGAUCAAUUCAUUGACAGGACUACCAAGAGAGCUCAGACGCUGUAUGACGGACAGGCCUCCAGUCCUCCAGGAGUGUGUCACAUCCCCAUGGCUGAGCCUUUCUGCAACAGGACCAGAGAGGUUUUGGUGGAAGUGGCGCGGAGCCUGGGCGUCAAGUGCCACGUGCGUGGGACUAUGCUGACCAUCGAGGGGCCCCGCUUUUCCUCGCGGGCAGAGAGCCUGAUGUUCCGCCAGUGGGGAGCUGACGUCAUCAAUAUGACCACCGUGCCAGAGGUGGUCCUCGCCAAGGAGGCUGGCUUGUGCUAUGCCAGCAUUGCCAUGGCAACAGACUACGAUUGUUGGAAGGAACAUGAGGAGGCGGUCUGUGUUGACAAUGUAAUGAAGACGAUGAAGGAGAAUGCCAACAAAGCCAGCAGUAUUCUGCUGACUGCAAUACCCCAGAUUAGUCAGAUGGAUUGGGCUCAGACGAUGAAGACCUUGAAAUCAAUGGCACAAUCUUCAGUAAUGUUACCAAAACACUAAGGGUGUAGAAAACAAUAAAGUAGAAAAGGAUACGGAUUCCAGACACCACCCGCACCGACUCCGACACGGACAACAGACUCAACUCUGCCUGUGGAUUUGUCAUCAGUGAAUCACAAGAAAGUGCCUCACAUAAAUAAUGCAUGUGCUGUGUCUUCAGCUGAAGUUUCAGUGUUUUUUCUUGACUCAGAAUACUCAUAGAAACCCCCCCCCCCCCUUUCUAGUGAUGAACACGUCACCCCUUUUUCUCUGGAAAACGUACAAUCCGGUCACAUGUUUAUGUACAAAACAUUUCAAAAGAUUAACAAUAGAUUUUAAAUCUUCUUACAAUUAUACUUGAUAUUUUUUGUGGAUUUAUAUUUUUUGUGGUCUGUAAACGUUUCAAAUUCAUAUAUUUGUUGCCAGUAAACCAUCGGUGUCUUUAUUGCUGUUUAUGCAGGAUAUAAUAAAAAUGCUUUGCAAGUUUAGCAUAUGAAUAGUUUGUUACUGCCUUAGUCAUAACUAAUAUUAUACUUUUAAAGGUUGAUUCUGAUGUCUUGAACCUAUUCACUACUUGAGUGAUUACUUCAGUGAUAACUUGCAUACACUUCGGCAAAAUGUAGUCAGGAUACAAAUCAUGUUUCUAUCUUUGCUUAUCCGUGUAUAUUUUUAUAUUUAGUGAAAUACUUCAGUUUUAUUUGUUCUUCAUGACUAUUUUAUGUGCUUCAUGAGUUAAAACUGAACAGCAUUGCAUUUGUAUAUCAGAUCUGCAUGGCACGUGCUAACCUUUCCAGCUAUCACUAGAUCAGUCUUUGGAAUACUUUUGAGAAAUAUAUACUGACUACAUUUACUGACACAGGUGAGUCCACAUUUAGGCACACCUAAAAUGUUUGAUAUACUGUAAGCUUCAUUAUCAUCAUAUUAAGAAAUAAGCAUUUUUGUAGGAGUGCUGGGCCUUCUAGCACCACUCAUGUUAGAUGACUGUCAUUUCUUUUUUCUUCUCUGCAUUUACUACAACUGAAACUCAUAACACUGCACAGUGGAAAUAUUUAGUCUCUGGUAUUUUCUGUUUGUUGCCUUGUCUCAACAUUAUGAACAUAUUAUGCAGCAUAAAUUGAAUAAAUGAGAGUACAGAGAUUUGGCUAUUCAAAGACCUGGGGUCAUGUUCUGAAAUUGUUAGGGAACAUGUUAAAAUCCCAAAGCAAUUUAAACUGAUUACAAGUGUCUCUCCAUUAGCAGUUUGUUGUUAAGUGAAAUGCAGGGUGGCAUGCUCUUGAGCCUGUGCAAAAAAAAGUGUGUAAUAAAGAAUAAGAGUUAAAAAUAAGAAUUAGGAAAAAAAAGUUAUGUCAAAAAUAAUGUAAUGGUGUACACAGGAUGUAUCCACCAGAAUAGCCAGUUCAGAUUGAGCAUGAAUGUUUGCUGGAAAUAAUAUUUUCCAUUUAUUUCAUUAUAUAAACAGCCUCCUGUUUGACAUAUGAUGGACUGACUUUGACUGAUUUUACUGUUGUUACAAAAACGAUUUGCCGUGUUAAACCAUCAGGCCUAUAAGACUGACCCAGACAGGAAGUCAAACUCAACCACAACAGACAGAACAGCACUGUUAAUGGCCUUCAUGGCUUUUGGAGGUUUUCUGUGUCUUGUCAAAUCUCGUGUUGGCUGCAUAAAGCCAUAAAGAUGGCUAAUCUAAGCUAAUGUUUAACUCCAGAAAAAGGUAGCUACAAACCGUAGCUUAUUUCAUGAAUUGUGUGCAAAAUCAUUUUUUUCUGUACCAUAUUCUUACUAUGCUCCAAGGUAACCAUACAUUAGACAUCAUUAACUCCUAAUAGCAACCCAUCCUUUGUGCAAUUGUAACCUGACAUCCUUUGUGUAGAAAGGUACUUUUUAUACUUAAUUAUGUUAAAAUCCAGUUGCUCAUCUCUGUACCUUACAGAAAAGUCAACAAACUUGUCGAAUAAAUUCUAUGCAGUAAAAUGUUAAAAAUGUGUAGAAGCAUGUUUCAUCCCCACAUGAAUUGAAAAUCGCCUCAAACGUCUCAGUGAAAAUAAAUGAAUGAAUGAAUAAAUAAAUGAUUGCAUCAGCCUUGA